CAGACAGAGAGAGAGAGAGACAGACAGACAGACAGACAGACAGAGAGAGAGAGGGAGGGUGUGACGAGGGGCGUGGACGUGUUUGUCGUUUUUGAUUUUAAUAACGUUGUUUUGUUGCUAAGAGAAACGUAAUGGAAUGUUCGUGAUGGAAUGUUCGUGAUGGAAUGUUCCACGUACGACGUCAACGUAAUGACGUAGGGAGCGUCGCUAUAAGAAACAGCGUAACAGCCAUUCCUUCAGUCAGAGCUCGUGGAGGACAUCACGACAGACACCAGCUCUCUGUCUCUACCGGAUCUUUUUAUGAGGCACUUCGGAGUUGUGGAGUUUGUCCUUCCUUUAGUUCUCUGGACCUUCAGAAUACCUUUCUGUGUGACAGCCCGGACGGAGGAUGAAGCGCCUCGAGUGAUUGGAGCACCUCGGCCAAUCAUCGCUGCUGUGGGCGACGACGUCAUCCUGCCGUGCCACCUGCAGCCCACGUUCAACGUGCAGCGGCUGACGGUGGAGUGGUCUUUGCCCGACCUCAAGCCGGACCCCUCAGAUCGGCUGAGGGGGGUCAAGUACGUGCACAUCUACAGGAAACGAGAAGAAGACCGCACCAUGAAGAUCCAGUCGUACAGCGGGAGGACGUCGCUGUUCACACAAGAACUGACAAACGGAAACAUUUCGCUGGAGAUCAAGAACGUGACGCUCGCAGACGGAGGGAGGUACAGAUGUUUCAUCCCGAAGUUAAGGAGCCGAGUGAGGCAGGCGACUGUACGACUUGUUGUUGGUGAGCAGCUGUCCAGAUGUUCGGUUCAUUGUUUCACAUCAAGUGACGAAACACACGAGUGCUGCUGGUCCAAAGGGAUUCUGUGAGCUGAAUGUGUAGUAACACAUGAGCUGUGAUGAAGAUGAUGAUGAAGAUGAUGAUGAUGAUAGAUGUGAUGACAUCAGCGUCAACAGUCUGGAUGUUUUGGCUUGAGUUGCCUGGUCCUGGUCGUGGGGGUCGGGGGGGUCGGAUGUUUACUCAAACACAAAUCUCAAGAUCUUCUGAAGUAUAACCUCGCCCCCCGUGGAGCUGCUCAGAGGUGACUAGGAGCGCAGGGUCUUCAAACCUGCAGCACGUCCAGCCCAGUGGAGCAGCAGGCGGGAGGUCUUCAGGGUGGAUGCAGAACGUGAGUCUGACUGAAGAUGAACUCUUUAAGGAAUUUGGAAGAAACUGAAACUGAAGGAUUGUUAACAAAAACAAAGGAGACGUGUGAAACAUCAGCGACGGGAUCGUUUCAUCCACAUGAGACCUGCAGAGAGAAGUGUGUGUGUGUGUGUGUGUGUGUGUGUGUGUGUGUGUGUGUGUGUGUGUGUGUGUGUGUGUGUGUGUGUGUGUGUGUGUGUGUGUGUGUGUGUGUGUGU